UUUACAUUGAAGCUCAGUUGUUUCGCCUCGCUUCACGCUGCUGGUUACCUGUGGCGAAUGAAAGGAGGGAGCUAUGAGGAAAUAAAUUGCUGGAACAAAUGUGGAAGAAUGUCUUGUAAAUGAGGAAAGCACAGAGCCCAGGGAAAUGGACUUUCUGACUCUUUUCGGGAUCUAUGUGGCGGUGGUGCUCACCUGCAUCGCCCUGGUGUGUAGAUACUCAGGCCAGCAGCACACUCCCUUCAGCCGGGUCUCUAACACUCUCUCUCAGGUUGUUUCUCCUUGGAUUCCACAAUGCAUUCGAAAUAUCUGUUACAGGAGUAUGCACAGACUCUUCCACCAGAGAAACAGCUUCUUCAUUUACUUGCAUUUUAUUCUCGAAGCUGCUGUGUAUGGAGAGUUCUCCUAUGAGAUCUUCGGGUUCUGUUUAGAAAUGGACACCACUUUAUUCAACGUGUGUCUUCCGUAUGCCUUCCUGGCAGUUAAGUCCUACGUCUUUUACCUGUGCUGUAGGAAGGAUCCAGGUACACUGACAAAGGAAAACCAUGCAGUUCAGCUGAAGGUGUACAAGUAUGAUGAGAAAUUGUUUCAAAAGGGAAUCAUUUGCCAAACGUGUCAGCUGGUGAAACCUGCCAGGUCUAAACACUGUAGUGUAUGUAACCGAUGUGUCCAGAGAUUUGACCACCACUGUGUGUGGGUGAAUAACUGCAUUGGUGCUCAGAACACUAGAUUCUUCCUGCUCUACCUACUGAGUGUAUGUGCCAUGGCAGGAGAUAUUGCAAUUCUCACAGCAGACAUGUUGUUUCAUACUGUUGUGCGAUCUGGAAUCAUGCAUGCACAUUACGCUGAUGCAGAGGGUCAACAGCAGCCUGUAGGAUUUCUGUUUGUUAUACAGCACCUCUUCAUGACCUUCCCCAGGAUAGUCUUCAUGCUUGGCUUCGUGGUAUUUGUAUUUUUCCUUGUGGCGGGAUACACCUUGUUUCACUGUUACCUGGCUUUAGUGAAUCAGACAUCUAAUGAAUGGUUCAAGCGGAAAGGCCAUGGCUGCCAGCACUGCAAUCCUGUCUCUGGACUUCACUGCCAUACUUCCUACAACCCAGUGCGUGGUUUUUAUUACAGAGGAAUCCUAAAAAAUCUUGGGGAAAUAAUUUGGCCUUUAUGUCCUACACAGAAGAAAGACAAUUAGACUCUGGUUAAAGGCCAAAAAUGAAAUGUUUAUAAUUUUGUGAUACAGAACUACAGUGUUGGCUCAACAAGUAAAUGAAGCUUAAAGCCACUGGUUUAACAUUUGUUCAAAGUACAUGCCUAAAUCUGUGCACAUUUGCAUGGGGUUAAUUAACCUCAAAACACUAGCUUAUGCGGUUUCUGACUUUGUAUACCACAUUCAUUUAUAAAAUGCUCAUCACAGAGCUGAAAACAGCAGCCGCAGACAACAUAAAUCUAGCCACCAUCUUCGUUAUUUCGUUUUGUAUGACAAUAAUAGUCAUUUAAAUAAAAUAGAUUAGAUUUGAUGUUUAAUUGUUUUUAUUUUAUGAAACGGUUUACAUGCAUAUAUCUAAAAUGCUAAACAUGUUUUCUCAGGCAAUUUGUGACACAGUUUGCGGAAUGUUUUGUCUUUACGCAAUCGUUGUCCAGCUCCUGUAUAACAGGGAAAGAACAGAUUUUCUUCUUUAGUCACUUCUACUGUCUGUAAAUUUCCCUUUUGUCUGGAUGUUUCCUGUUUAAUGUGAUGGUUUAAUCCGGCUGUUUUUAAUACACUGUGUUUUAUAUGGUUUUGUUGAGGUGAGGUUGUUGAAAUAAAUGUUUUUUUAUCUGA